UCAUUGGUGGGAUUCGUUGCAGUAAAAGUGAGGGUUGUUGUGGUUUUAAAAUUAUGAUCUAUAUAAACACGAAUAUAUCCCUGCUGUCUUGAAUGCAUUGUCAUCAGUUACUGCCUUCGGAAAACGUGAUGGUGUAAUAGAGCGCAAAUUUUGAGCUUAUGGCACCAGAUAUGUUUCAAGCAUGACGACGACAACGGAUUUCUGUGAUGGACGUGGACGAGAAAAUUGUGGUCAGCAAAGAGGGGAAACUGCUGAUGCCGUCAGGUUCGGUGAAAGCCGAAAACUUGAAGCCGCCAUUCGCGACCGCAGCGCAACCCCCGCUGACACCAGAAAAUACUAUACGGACGGUGGAAUGGAACAUGAUGAACAAGCAGAAGUUUUACCCCCUGAGUAUUUUGAGCAGCUUCACGAUUCGAUGCUUUCUGUAUCCCUUCUCCGUUAUCAAAACGAGAAUACAGGUUCAGCGUGGCAAUGAAAAUUAUUCGGGUACGAUAGAUGCAUUCAAGAAAAUUCUGAAGUAUGAAGGUGUUGGUGGAUUGUACAAGGGAUUCUGGAUCAACACUUUUCAGAUUGUUUCCAGUGUUUUCUACGUAACAACUUACGAAAAUGUGCGUCACUUCAUGUUAGCUCGAGAUUUUACUGACAGCAGAGUCAGAGCUCUCGUUGCCGGCGGCUGUGCAUCUGCCGUUGGGCAGACUUUUAUAGUACCCUGUGACGUGGUUUCUCAACACUUGAUGGUUUUGGGCCAAUUGGAAAAACGCAAAGGCGGAACAGUCGUUGUGAAUCCUUUGAAUCUGGAUUACAAGAAGUACAAGUCGAAAUUCGACUUGACAGUUGCAAUUGGGAAGAGAGUUUAUGAAAGGGACGGGGUGCUUGGAUUCUAUCGGGGAUAUUGGGCUUCGUUGUGUACCUACGUACCGACCAGUGCAAUGUGGUGGAGUUUCUAUCAGUUGUAUCAAGAUUGGCUUUUUCUCGUGAUGCCCCCAUCCGUUCCGACGCUUGCUAUCCAAAGCAUGGCAGCACCGCUGGGUGGAUUAACUACAACCAUAAUCACGAAUCCUCUCGAUAUUGUUAGAGCUCGGUUGCAGGUUCAAAGGCUGAAUUCUGUCAGCGGUGCGUUCGUCGCUCUGUGGCAAGAAGAGAAGUUGGGCAUCUUCACGAAGGGUCUAUCGGCGAGAGUGGCUCAAUCGUGUGUGUUCAGUUUUGCAAUCAUUCUUGGCUAUGAGUCCGUGAAACGUAUGAGCGUUUUAGACGAGUAUCGGGACCGUGUUCGACGAUGACUUGAGUUUUUCUUACAUAAUUUCUUGCAUUUUUUGGCCAUACUUCUGAAAUUUCCACUCAUUUGUUCAUCAUCGUGAGUGGGGUUGGGGUAUACUUUCAUGUGCGUUGUUCUCCAGCUUCUGUAUUUGGCAUUCACCUUCUUAAUUCUGGCAAAUUCGAUAUCCGAUGUUGCUAUUAUGCCUGGUUUGUCCAGUACGUCGAGUCAGCCGCGUUUCUUCUCUUUCUGUUUCCGGAAAUGAAUUGAUUCGAGGAUACAUUUCAACGAGCCUUGUGGAAUGUGUCGGUGUGUGCUUCAGGAUGAAAUACUUGAAGCUUUUGAAUAUUACUGUGGAGCGGGGGAAUGGUUUUAGCCAUUGAGUGCCAAUUCGGAGCACGAAUAUUGAAGCCGCGUGGUCGUUAGACGGAAGGACCGUGGCUCUCCGGAUUUUAUUUUUGGUACUUGUUUAAGCCGCCAGUAUAUCUAGUCGAGCUGUGAUGAGCGGUUGGGAAGAUGUGCGUAGAAUUAUUUUUGAACCAAUGACAGUCUUCCGAAUAGGAAAAGAGAUGUACGCAGGGGUAAAAUGAUGUGGCGAUGGCCGCGUAAUGGUUGAUGAAAUGUGCAAUCCUGAUUUUAGUUUUCUUCGGAUGCUUUCGAUGAUUUUCAACAUAUUUCGUAGCGUCAAAUGUCGUUCGUUACGGAUAACAACACUGUGGCGCGAUUUAAAAGAAAUCCGUUUCCUGUGGAAGAUGAAUGGUACUAGCCGAACUAUCGUUUUAUUGGGGGUUGAAAACCGUUGCUGAGCGGCUGGAAAAAAAUGAUCAGUUUUUUUUUUUGCGUGUUCCCGGGAACUUCUUAUUCACUUUUGUCCCAUUCGUACGCCG